AUGUCAUCAUGGCAGGAUUCAUGCCUUUUUCCUAUUCUCGCGGCAGAUGCUAAACACGACGGUACUUCAAGUUGCUCCGAAGUCAAACUGGACGACGCGAUACUAGAAUUGGAGAUUCGAAAUCGAGAGAUCGCGGAAUUACUCCCACUAUUCAGGGCUGCCUGGUCAUUGGUUCUACACAGAUUUUGUGAAGUGGACCAGGUGAGCUUCGGAAUUAGCCUGAACGCGGAGAACAUAAGCACUGGCGCCUCAGCCGAAACGACAGGUGCCUGUCAGGACACAUCAUGCGCGAGUGUUUCCAUUACACCGGAGACGAUCUUGGACGAAUUGAUUCGCGGCGCGAACUCUCGAACUCUUCCAAUACCCUUUCAGAACAGCGAACUAUUCAACACCUCCUUAAAUCUCGUGAUAACAAAGCCCUGUGUGAUAUCCGACAUCCUGUGUCUAGCACGGCCGGCAGGCGAAACCGAAACAAACCUUCCUCCCGACUAUAUUGUGCAAUUACAGGUGAAGAUCCAUCAAGACAUCAUCGAACUUGGUUUGCGAUAUGAGACGCAUGUGUUAUCGGAAAAGCAGGCACACGAUGUCGCCAGCACUGUUCAACAUGCUAUGAUCUGUCUUCUAAGGGCGCCAGGACAGACCGUUAGCCAGACAAGUUUGGCUAGCAAGCGCAACCAUGACGACAUAGCGCGCUGGAAUGAUACCACAAUCUCCGAAUCCCGCAAUUUAAUCCACGAGAUCAUCUACGAGCGAUGCAUGGAUGCCCCGUCAAGCCUCGCCGUGCGGUCAUGGGACGGCGAUUUCUCAUACCGAGAGUUGGAUUCGAUAUCGGAACGAAUCGCUUCUCAUUUAGCCAGCCUUAGGGUUGGCGCCGGUGUUUUCGUCCCUGUCUGCUUCGAGAAGUCCAAGUGGUUCGUGGCGGCGGCUCUGGCGGUGCUCAAGGCUGGUGGUUGUUAUGUGCCCCUCGACCCAUCCAGUCCAAUAAAACGAUUGCAUGGUAUCAUACGGGAAGUGAAGGCCGAUAUUAUCCUGACUUCCAGCAAGACGGCGGAACUUCUUGAUGUGAGAGUUCGCACGCUCAUUCUCAACGAGAAAACAUUUGCUAGUUUACCAGACCUCAGACUUGAACUCCCUCAAUCAACACCCGGUAGCGCCCCAGGCUACGCUCUGUUUACGUCAGGAAGCACUGGUGUACCGAAGGGGUGCUUGUUGAGCCAUGUGGGGUUUGCCAGUAUAGCUUCAUCCCAUAGCGAGGCCCUUGGGAUCGAACGGGACAGUCGGGUUCUCCACUUCGCAUCCGUCGGCUUUGGCAUGGGCCUGAUCGAAAUCUUCUGUACACUUACCACUGGGGGAACCAUUUGCAUCCCAUCGGAUAGCGAGCGAAAUGGCGAUCUCGUCGGAGCCGUCAACAGGCUCCAAGCCACAUGGGCCAUCCUGACACCAUCAGUCAUCCAGACAAUCAAUCAUUUGGAUGUCCAAUCCCUGCGUACAUUGGCAGUCGCCGGCGAGCCUCUCCCACGCAGCCUCGUUCCCGUAUGGGCAUCUCAUGUUCAGCUCUUUCAAGCCUACGGGCUCACGGAAUGGGCUGGCAUCUGCGCUGUCUCCAGCGCUCUUUCCCCGUCAACCGGCAAUACCAACAUCGGUCGCCCUCGCAAUGCGCGCUUUUGGCUUGUCGAGCCCGAGGACCCCCAGAAGCUGGUACCUGUUGGUGCGGUGGGUGAGAUGUUGCUGGAGGGCCCUUGCCUGUCGUAUGGAUACCUCAACCAGCCCGAGCAAACGGCGCGGGGAUUUAUUCCUCCCCCAUCAUGGCGAAAGACCUUUCAACAACCACUCGCUUCACAACGCCUCUAUCGAACGGGCGACCUUAUGCGAUAUCGAGAAGACGGGUGUUUCGACUAUAUCGGUCGGACGGGGACGCAAGUCAAGAUUCGUGGACAACGUGUAGAGCUAGGCGAGGUAGAGUAUCAUACUCGGCAGCAUUUCGAACAGGCCAAGACUGUCAUCGCGGAGAUGAUUCUCCCCAAGGGUGACAAGAAUCCCAGCCUGGUGGCCUUUGUCUGCUUGCGCUCAUCGAAAGAAACUCCAGCCAAGGAUUCGCCCUGCCUGGCGCCGCCGUCGGAUGCUUUUCGAGCCAGUGCGCUGGCAGCCCACGCUUCGCUUUCCCCCAUCUUGCCGCGCUAUAUGCUGCCUGACCUGUAUGUAGAGUUGAAUCGGAUUCCGCUCACCGUCAGCGGCAAGAUAAGCCGGAAAGAUCUGCGCCAGAUAGGAAGCGAGAAACCAAGAGAAGAACUGAACAUGUACCUCGCCGAGCGGAAGGAAACUCGAAUGCCACAGACGCCCUUGCAACGCCUGCUGCACGAGUCUUUUGCAAAGGCUCUCAACAAAGACCCUGCUUCAGUCGGUAUCGACGACAAUUUCUUUCGUCUAGGGGGGGACUCUAUCAUCGGGAUGCAAGCUUGUGCACUGUGCCGUAAACAGAAAGUCACUCUCACCAUCCAGGAUAUCUUUCGACACAGGACGAUAGCGGAACUAUCCAAGCAUAUCCGAGUCAAAGACGCUGGUCAAGCACCAGAAUUAGAAGCACUGAACGUCUCAGUUGCCCAGCAGGCCUUUCUUCAUGCGACGCGCCCUGAUGACCGCAGUAGGGCCAACCAGCACCUUGUACUCCGGCUCAGCGGCUCCGCGGACGUCGAAACGGUCCGUUACGCCGUGUCGGAUCUAGUUGAGCGGCAUACCAGUCUACGGAGCCGAUUCCGUCUAGACUCGGCGGGCCAGUGGACACAGCAUACGCAAAAGCACAGGUCCACAGCGUUCGGGUUUCGCGCAGAACUGAUUACAGAUAUCACGGCCGUCCCCGAUCUCCUUGCACAGCUGGAAGCCAACCUCAGCAUUGACAACGGGCCGCUGUUUACAGCUGCUCUCACAGAAUCGGAUAACCGUGACCGCCAUCUCAUUCUCGUCGCCCACUGCCUCGUUAUCGACAAGACGUCUUGGGCCACCAUUUGCACGGACCUGGACGCGGCCUUGGAGGGUCAAACUCAGUCACUGGACUCGACGCCUUCUUUCCGAUCGUGGUGUCAGACGCAAAAGGAGCACUCGCCCACCUUGAAUCUACUGCAGCCUGCUGCUGAUGCUCAUGAUGGCGUGGAUGCUGCCGACGAUAUCGUGUGGCAGGCCAAGUUAGAUCUAGACGAACAGCUGACCGAGACGUUGGUGGGCAAGGCUAACCACGCCUUCCGUACUCAACCGGUCGAUAUCUUCCAUGGUGCCCUACGACACGCUUGUAGCAGGAUUCCGGACGCACCGGAUACGGUAUACUUCCUUGAGAUCCCCAGCCGUGGGUCUGAUACUGAGACAUCAAACAUGGUGGGGUGGCUCAGUACUAUCAUUCCAGCGGAUGUCAUGAUGGGGAGUGGGAAUGAAGAUAUAGUCGACGUGAUCCGGGGGGCAAAGGACGCUCGCGUACGGAAAGGGGGGUCCCUGCAUGCCGAGGACAAGCGUGAUUCGAACAAGGAGCAGACCAGCAAACCUCUGAGCAUAGUACUCAGGUUUGACGCUGGCGAUCCGUUGGCAGGAUGGCAAGGAAAAGCUCUAGAGCGAGAGGACCUUCUUUGUAACGACAUCGGCAUGUCAGCGCCUCCCCUGGCGAUGCUCGAAGUCGUCAUAGGCAUGGUGCAGGGCAAGGCACGACUCACCUUCCGCUCACAACGCCCCGCGCUGUUCACGACUGUCGAGCAGUGGGUUGCCCAGCUUGACUCCUCGCUUCACGAGGCAGCGGUCAAAUUGGUCAACAGCGACAGUGGAUAUACUCUGGCUGACCUCGCGCUACCGUCCCUAAGCUACGAGAAGCUGCAGGAGGCGCUCCCAUGCUCCCCGAUGCAACAGGGAAUCCUCCUUUCACAAGCACGAGAUCCACAGACGUACCAAAUUCAGUCAAUAUGGAAAGCAACGCCAGCGCGUUAUCUUCCGGCUGAACAGAUGUUGUGGCGCAUCCGGGAAGCCUGGAGACAGGUCGUGGAACGACAUGGUUUACUCCGCACAGUGCUGGUGGAGAGUCAACUCAAUGAAGGCGGCUUCGAUCAGGUCGUUCUUAAGUCGGUCGCCCCGAGGGUCGAUGGCAUUUGCUUGCCACGAGGUGACCCCUUCGCUGUGGUGCUCCGACGCAACCUCGAAGCUGAAUGUACCGCGGAGGAGCCACCCCAUAAGCUGACGAUCUGCGUCUCUGGGAACUCUAUCUACCUGGGCCUCAGUAUCAGUCACGCUCUUGUUGACGCCACAUCCAUUUCCAUUCUGAUGCGCGACAUGGGACUCGCAUACGACGGGUGUUUGCCCAAGGGACAGGGCACAUAUUAUGGGAAAUAUCUUUCCUACCUGCAGGGGUUGGAGAUCGAAAAGUCCUCCAAAUUCUGGGCCAGCUAUCUCGAAGACAUCAGUCCCUGUGUACUCCCACAUCUGGAUUACUGGAGCCCCUCGGUAGAAUAUAAACGAGAGCUGAAGACGGUGGAAUUUGAAAUGGCCCUUGUGGAGGACCUGGAACGAUUCUGUGGUAAGGAAGGUAUCACGAUCUCCAAUGUAUUCCAGCUUGCCUGGGCCUUGGUUCUGCGCUGUUAUGCGGAAACAGACGAUGUCUGCUUUGGAUAUCUUGCUGCUGGCCGCGACAUUCCGGUUGAAGGCGUGGAGGAUGCGGUAGGUCCUUAUAUCAAUAUGAUGAUUACGCGUGUUCAAUUCGGCAGCGGCCAAACUCUCAGGGAAGAGCUGCGAAAAACUUUGAAUAACUUCAUCGAGAGCUGUGCUCACCAGCAUGUGCCGCUCAGUCGGAUCCUCGGUCCCUUGAACCUAGCCGGCCCGUUGUUCAAUACGAUCAUCUCGUUGCGAAGGCCGUCUUCCCAUGGGGUGACCAGUGCGUCGUCGCUGCAGUUAGAUAAUAUUUUUGAAAUUGAUCCCACGGAGUUUGAUCUUGCUGCCAACGUCCAUGUCUCACCGAAGACGGUUCACGUCUCUAUAUCCUACUGGACCUCCAGAUUCUCGACCGAACAAGCGCAAAACUUCGCGUUCACCCUGCAGAAGGCCCUGGGCACUAUCCUAAGCCACGUCGAUAGUGCCCCUGAACAGCUGGAUCUCUUCAGUGAGCAGAACCACGCUCUUGUACAGACGCUGAAUUCCCACGCGCCCGAGUGUGUUGACGAAUGUGCGCACCAUCUGUUCAAUAGACAGGCUGAAUCUGAGCCACAGGCUCCGGCAGUAUGUGCUUGGGAUGGCGACCUCACGUAUGGCGAGCUCGACCGUCUGUCAUCCCUGCUUGCCACAGGUCUAGCUCAUCACGGAGUGGGACCGGAGACCUUUGUUCCUAUUCACUGUGAAAGAUCUAAAUGGGUCUUGGUGGCGAUCUUGGCCGUCGCGAAGGCUGGAGCAGCGUUCGUUCUGCUCGACCCAUCGCAUCCCCCGAGCCGACUGCGCGCGAUCUGCGACGACGUACGGGCAGCCACAAUUAUUUCCUCCGAGGCUCUGUUCCCCAUCAGUGAACAGCUCGUCCCGUCUGUGAUAGUGGUCGGGAACAAUGCAGCCAGCGCAACUACUUUUGCCGCUAAUGGCACUGCUGCUCCCGUUACGACCGUUCGGCCAUCCAAUUCUCUAUACGCUGUCUUCACAUCCGGUUCCACAGGUAACCCGAAGGGGGUUGUUAUCGAGCACUCUACAUACUGCACCAGUGCACGAGCCCAUGGAGGGAUCAUAGCGAUUAGUCCAACCUCGCGCGUUCUGUCGUUCUCAUCCUUCGCAUUUGACGUGUGCAUAGCCGAGCUGUUGACGACACUCUGUUACGGUGGCUGCGUAUGCGUCCCAUCAGAGAACGAGCGCCUUAACGACCUGUCAGGCGCGAUCAACCGUCUGCGGGUCAACACCGCGUGUAUCACUCCAACGCUCCUUCGGAUCCUCGACGCCAAACAAGUACCCAGCCUGCGCACUGUCGUUCUGGCCGGAGAGCCCAUUGCUCAGGCAGAUGUCGACGUGUGGGCCGAGCAAGCCACCUUGAUGAACGCCUUUGGGCCGGCGGAGUGCUGCAUUUACUGCGUGAUACAACCGCACAUCGAUUCUCACUCCGACCCGCGAAAUAUCGGGUACGGCGCAGCCUGUCUGCCGUGGGUGGUGGACCCGAAUGACCACGAUCGACUGGCGCCGGUAGGCACCGUCGGCGAGCUGCUGAUCGAGGGACCUUUAGUGGCGCGCGAGUAUCUGCACCAACCAGAGAAGACUGCUGAAGCGUUCAUUCAAUCUCCCCGAUGGCGCUCCAGCUUCUCGGUCCGUUUGGCCGGCCGGUUCUACAAGACUGGUGACCUUGUCCGAUAUGGCCCCGAGGGUACCCUGCGUUUCGUCGGACGCAAGGGUACGCAAGUGAAGAUCCACGGGCAAAGGCUGGAGCUAGCGGACGUGGAGCACCAUCUGCGACAACAUAUCGGCCAAUCUAUCGAAGUUCUAGUCGACGUAGUACCCUUCGAUGGCCAGCAUCCGACGCUGACGGCAUUCUUCAAACCGCGUCACGGCCAGGGCUCCGCAGGCCUGUCGGCAUUUAUGGCUGACCUUCCUUCCAUGGUUUCGAGUCUGAAAGCCCGUCUCCGGAGCUCUCUGCCCCAAUACAUGGUCCCCAUGGCGUAUAUCCCGCUCGAGAACUUCGCCGUCGGCAAGACGCACAAGACCGACCGAACCAAGCUGCGUCAGUUAGCCAUUGAGAUGCGUCAAAAGGAGGUUUCCACAGGGGGCGGCGAGGAGAAGACACCACCACGCACAGAGGCAGAGCGAAAGCUACAGAGGCUAGUGGCGACAGUGUUAAAUCUUCCCCUGGAGCGUGUUGGACUCGACGACAACUUCUUCAUGCUCGGGGGGGAUUCGGCCUACGCCGUGAGACUCGUGUCUCUCGCACGACAAGAGGCACUGCAGCUGUCAGUUAAGGACAUUUUACGACAGCCCCUGCUUAAGGACCUCGUGGCCCACGAAGAAGAAAGCUCUGCAUCUCCCCCUACCUCACCCAAUGCUGACGACGAGGCGACGGAGUUACCCACCACUCCGGCGCCGUCUCCUUACGAGCUGCUGGAUAUCGAUGACACUGAAGCGUUCAUUGGGAAGGCUGUCGCACCCAAGAUGGGCGUGCCCGCCGAGCAAAUCCAGGAUGUCCUUCCCACCACCGAAUUCCAGGCCGAGUGUAUCCUCGACUGGCCUUUGACCUACUUCCUCGUGACCAUGCACGGUGCCCUCGAUAAGACGCGGCUUCGAGCCGCCUGCCAGGCACUGGUUGAACGACAUGAGAUCUACCGUACCGGCUAUAUCCGUGACGGGCCCCAUGUCCGGCAGGUGGUGUUGAAGCAGACCCCUCUGCCACUCUUCGAGUAUACCGGGAAUUCCGAGGACGAUUUGGACUCUCUGUGCGAGGCUGUCUGUCGCGCUGACUCUCGCCGUGGCCUACCUCUGGGCCACAUCCCCACGCAGUUCACCCUGUUCUCCCAGGGAGAUCCCAACUACCACAUUCUUGCCCUCCGCAUCUCUCACGCUCAAUACGACGGGUUCUCUUUGCCCCUGAUCUUCAAGGAUCUAGCGGCCUUGUAUGAGGGCCGUAGCUCCCUGGGAUCUGUGACGAAUUUCUCGACGUACAUCCACCAUCUCGCCUCACAGGGAACCCGCGACUCGCAGACCUUCUGGCAACAGACUCUGAAGGGUUGCUCGCCGCCGACGAGUCUCUGGGAUCUGUCCUUGGGCACACCCGACGAUGACCGCCGGGACUCGCUUGUCGAACUCACGCGUGAAGUUGCCGCUCCCACCCCGCCCGCUACCAUCACUAUCGCCAGCUUGAUGAAGAGCGCCACGGCGCUCCUCCUAAUGCGUCUGACCAGUGACACCGAUCUCGUCUUCGGCCAGGUCGUCAGCGGCCGCAACACGCCACUCGCCGGCGUUGAGAACAUCCUCGGAGUCUGCGCCAACAUCGUUCCCGUGCGAGUACAGAGCCACCUGAAAUGGACAGUACUGGAUCUCCUCCAGAGCGUCCAAGCGCAGCACAUCGACGCGCUGGACCACGAGACGCUCGGUCUGGAAGAGAUUCAACGCAAAUGUACCUCAUGGCCGGAGGGCACAAAAUUAGGCUGUUUGAUCCAGCAUCAGAAUCUAGACCUGAAGCCCGAGUUCACGCUGGGUGAGGUGGAGUGCACGACGCGUAUCUUUGGUGGCGAGUUCAAGCGCGAAUUUCUGCAUAUCUGCACGCUUCCUCGCGGGAACCGCCUCGUGGUUCAGAUCUUCGCUCCGGAGGGUCUGCUGCGCCCUGAGGCCUGUCAGAGGGUGUUGGAUCAGUUGUGCGAUACGGCGGCGUGGCUGGCUGCUCAUCCGCAUCAUUUGUUGACAGAGUGUCCUAAUUCGAUUCUUGCGAAUUAG